CUGACUAUUCAUAAAACCAAUCAUCUUCAGGAUAUGAUCCCACGUGACGCAAAUAAUACCAGGGUAGCAAAUAGAGGUUACACGUAAAACGUUCCUAACUGCGAAAUUUGUAAGAAAUCGGGGAAAAUUAUAGUUUAUUUGAUCUUUUAGACUUGAAGUAGCGAAAAAAAACUACAAGAAAACAGAAUUUUGUGAUAUCUUUUUGAUUAUGGAACAAAACGAUCCAAAUCUCCCACCAACCACAUUCUGUCGAUCUGGUUGCGGUUUUUACGGAAGUGAAUCUUUUGAAGGCCUGUGCUCCAAGUGUUACAAAGAUCAGAUUAAGCGAAAGAACCAUAGCUCCUCUCCCGUUAGUUCAGCGGGGCGUGUCAGCCCCGCAUCCUCGGGAACUCUGCAAGGUGAGAAGGAUAUCAACUGUGUGAGCCAAGCACUGGCUAAAACUAAUAUAGGGUCUGUCCAGGAGACGGGAUCUGAUAGCUCCUCCUCCUCCUCCACAUCAAUCACUGUGACUAGCACCACCCCAUCUGUCGAGACGGCCACACCCACUAUACAAGUUCCAAAUGUAGACAAAGACAGCAAGGACAAAGAGGAAGGAGCUGUUGGUGGAGCUGAAGCGAGCGAUGCAGCAGGCACAUCUCCCGAUACUUCCAAAGACAAGAAAAAGAAAAACAGAUGCCAUACUUGCAAGAAGAAGGUUGGACUCACAGGAUUUCAGUGCCGAUGUGGCGGAAUGUACUGCAGUUUACAUCGUUAUUCCGACAAGCAUGAAUGCACUUUUAAUUACAAGGAGAUGGCCCAAGAGCAGAUUCGAAAAAAUAACCCUGUGAUCGUUGGCGAGAAGAUUCAGAAAAUUUAAACUCGAAGACUGUGUCGUUGUUAUGAAAUAAUUGCUAUAAGUUUUUUUUUUCGUUUGACAAGUAUAUUCAAAUAUAUAUUAUAUCUAUAAUUAAGCAAAUUUGAUGAUAAUGUUUUCGAUUUUUUGAUUUAACGUUUUACUUUCCUUUCCGUGUUUUUAGUGUACUAGAAUACAGCAGUAAAGUAUGAAUGACUUUUGCAUUUGUUUACUUCUAUGUAGUGCAAGUGAAGCUUCCAGAAAUAGUAUAGCUGAAAAAUUUAUGAAUGUUAAAAAUUGCCUAACUGUAAUGGAGUAAGUGUUUGCGCCUAACUGUGAGAGAAAGUAUGGAAUAGUUUGUAAAUGCACUUUUAUGGUCAGUAUUUGGUGAAACUUUUAAGGUGUAUUUUAUGUCAUAAAAUCAAGUUUCUUUCUCAAUGUAUAACACUAUAUACUGCAGCACUUUUAUCAGUUAUUUGAUAUUAAUUGCUGUAAUAUUACUUUUGUCAUAAAUGUACCGUAUAUACUCUCCUAUAAGAUGAGGAUUUGCACCUUAGUUUGUUACCUAGUCUAAUAAGUAAGUCAGUGUCCUUGAGUCAUUGAUUUUUGUAGAAUUUAUAAAAAAAUCUGCAAAAUACUGUAGGUUUUAGAACCAAUUAAAGGAACUCUUCCUGUAGACGGGUGAAUACGGAAUUAAAAAGAAGACUGGUCAGGAAUAUGACAUGUAGUGAAGGCAGUCUGGUAUUGGCUAUAUAUAGCGACACAACUUGUGCAAUUGAAAGAACUGUGAUAAAGGGAGAUAACUUCUGUGCUUUGAAAAAUAGCCUGUCAUAUUUCAGUUGAGUACUGUGAAGUCAUUAAUAUUAGUCGGGGGACUGUUUCUAUGGAUUUCAUGUUUGAAGUCAGUCCAUGAAAUUAAAUCUUAGCAAGUAAAAUCCCCAUUUAUUUAUGUAGGGGUCUCUGUGACCAAGUCGUUAAAAGUCACCGACUUCAAAUCAGCUGUUGAAUUCUUUAUGUGAGGAGGCCAUCAGCUGGCUUACGGAAAGUUGGUGGUUCCACCUAGGUGCCCUCUCGUGAUGAAAUAGUGCACGGAAGGGUACCUGGGGUCUUCCUCCACUAUCAAAGCUAGAAAGUUGAUAUAUAACCUAUAAUUGUGUUGGUGCAUCCCACAAUUCAUAUCCCUAUAAGAUAGCUGUUUAGGCCAAAACCAUGAAAGUUCAUGUUCACAAUUGAUAUCACAGUAUAUGUAUAAUGUUAAUGGUAGUUUUACCAACAAGUGCUUUUACAAGUUAACAUAGCUAUUUCAGCACAGUUCAAUUUUUAUUCAUAAAGUGUAUAUAAUAACGGAUCAUUUCUUGCAUGUGGUUACUGUUAAUAAACUUUUAGAACAGAUAUUUUUGUGUGACAACAUUUUUCCAGAUUUAAAAUGCAUUACAGGAGGUUUAAUAUUCAUUUAAGCCUCCAUUACUAAGGGAAAGUGAGUUGGCAAUUUUUUUCAUAGCCAGUGCAUAGACUUCUGCAAGACACUAAAUAAUGAAGAUUGGCAGGUCAAAAUUUACAGAAGGUCUUUGGAACUCAAAGAAAUGUAUGUGUAUUAUGUUGAAAUUUCAAUGAAUCGACAGAAUGACCCCCUAGGUCUUUUUAACUUUCUUCAUAGAAAAAUAAUUGUACAUAUACUGCGAUUUAUUUCGAAUUUCUACAUACCAGCUUUCAUUUUCCAAUAAAAUGAAAUAGUUUCUGUGCUUUUUAAAAGAAAUUAAAAUGUUCACUUUCCUUAGUAUUGGGUUUUUCUCUUAAAAGUUAUCGAUGUCUGAGUGUUUGCAAGUACCUAUUUUAGCGCAGUAGUUACAGUGCAAAAAAAUUAGCCAAAAUUAGAUAUACAAGAGUAUAAUUUGUGAUUUUACUGUGUUUGAAGCACAGAUAGUAGUAAUCUUCUUCAUUGUCAGUUUUAACCCUUAGCCUGCUGGUGGCGAUUGGUUUUGCCUUUGCGACCAGUGCAGACCAAGAUCAGGCUGAUCAUGGUCUGCACUGUUCGCUAUUCAGUUAGUAAAUUUUCAGUGAACACCCCUUCGAAUAAUAAAUGGUAUUGCCCAAACUGAAUGAUGGAACAGUCCAUUUUAGAAAUUUAGCAGGCUAAGGGUUAAUUAGGAUCUAGAAUGAUGUAUGGAAUCAGUCUGUAUAUGAGCCGUGCCAUGAGAAAACCAACAUAGUGGCUUUGCGACCAGCAUGGAUCCAGACCAGCCUGCGCAUCCGCGCAGUCUGGUCAGGAUCAAUGCUGUUCGCUAACAGUUUCUCUAAUUGCAGUAGACUUUGAAAGCGAACAGCAUGGAUCCUGACCAGACUGCGCAGGCUGGUCUGGAUCCAUGCUGGUCGCAAAGCCACUAUGUUGGUUUUCUCAUGGCACGGCUCGUAUAUUUUCUUGAGUUUACUACUUUUGACAGAUAUUAGAGGGAUUUAGGGGCAACUUCAGUUAGAAAAGGCUUUAGUUUUGUCAAUGGGUAGGAGGUUGAUUGCAUAGAUAAUCUAUAUAAACAUUGUUAUGGUGAAGAUUCAGUUUUUGAAACUCUACUUUUGGUAUAUUAAUGUUAUAUUAUGUAACUUUGUAUUAACUUUUACAGGACUUCUUUAUUACCUAUAACAGAGAUUUUUCCCUAAGUUUUGGGACAGUCAGUCCUUUGAAUGUUCAUUUUCACCUUUAACUAGUUUUAACACUUAGCUAUCGUAUGUCUUGACUAGUGGACUUAAAUUUUUGUCAAACUAAGUAAAGUGCAAAAAAGGUGAUUUAGAUUAAGAAAAAUAUAUGUUGGCUCAUCUUGUUCCCUAUACAAAUAGGAAUUCAUUUAAAAUUUAGACCAGUCUCUGGUUGCAGCUUUGCUAUUGGUCAGUUUUAAACUUUGGAUCAGAGUGAGCCAAUCAGAUGCUCGAGUUCUUUGACUGGUCUUCGAUUCAAUCAGUAACCGCAGACCAUGGUUUGUGGAUAAAACGCUCAAAUUCUGUUCCUAUCCUAGUGCUUGUUUUCAUUUAUGACUUGAAGUAACCAGAAAUUUCAACAACAAAAAAUAUGGGAGUUUGGGAUGUUAAGUAGGGAAUAUAAGAUGUUCAUUACUGUAUCCUUAAGAGCUACUAUGUGUACAUGUAUGUGUAUAAUUUUGAACAAUAUUUAAGGUGGUGUAUACCAGUAAGAUUUUAUGAAAUUUUAUUGCUUAAAGUUGUAAAAACGUUUGUGUAUACAUAAUUACUAAGUAUAUAACAGUUUAAGUUGGUCUGAUUUUUGAAAAAAAUCUAUGAGGUAUUAUCGUCACAUGAUGGUUGGUGUAGAUUAAAAUUUUUGUUUAGGUUGACCUUUUCUCAAAAACUAAGACCUACAGCUUUGAAACUUUGCACACUUGUUCAGCAUCAUAAGUUUACUCUGUAGGCCAAGUACCGUAACUCUAACCUGCAUUUUGUCAGAAUUAUGGCCCUUUUUGUAUUCAGAAAACUGAACUAUAACUCUUUCUUACAUAUUGUCCAGCACUUGCAGAUGAGCAGUGACACCCGCAGGCGGUGCUUUUGUUAGAAAAGACUUUUUAGUCUCGGAUGACUGAUCAUAGAGCUUAAUGGUAGAUGGAUAUUUCAUAAAAUGUUGUAUGCCACCUUAAAACAAAAAAGGACACAUGCGAUUUUAACACUUUUCUAUGGUCUGUAAAUGUUAGAAUGCUUGCAUAUUAGCAGGAGCUUCAGUAUCACUUGUUAAUAUUACGUAUUUUUGUUUCGGAAAAUGAAAGGCAUGCUAUUGGAACAGAUUUCCUAUGUUUGUAGGUUGAAGUUGCUAAUUAAAAGAUAUGCUGUGUAUCGUUUUAAACCAUCAUCUUUUCAUCAGCGACUUAAAUCUAAUAUGAUGGACAUUGUACAUUGAAGAAAUUUGAUUGCAGUUUUGUUUUCUGUUUUUGCUGUUACAAGUUUUCUUCUUUGUUAAUAACGAUAUGAAAUUCUCCUCGAGUGUCCAUAUUUUACCUCUGUAUAUAGACACCUCUCAUGUCGUAUUAUAUGUCAUUGAAAUACACAUUAUGUCAAAAUA